GCCCCCCCCCCCAAGGAGGGGCCGGACAGUAUAAAAGAUACUCGCUCCCCGCUCCUGAGGUCAGUUAUCUUGAGCCUAACACGUCGAUUAUAUCAUGUUGAAGAUGAGCGGGUGGCAGCGACAGAGCCAGAAUAACAGCCGGAACCUGAGGAGAGAGUGUUCCAGAAGGAAGUGCAUCUUCAUACAUCACCACACCUGAAAGCAGAACCUGGUCCACGUGCAGUCAUGGCAGCUGAGUCCCUGCCUUUCACCUUGGAGACGGUGUCCAGCUGGGAGCUGGAAGCCUGGUAUGAGGAUCUGCAGGAGGUCCUGUCCUCAGAUGAAAUUGGGGGCACCUAUAUCUCAUCCCCAGGAAACGAAGAGGAAGAAUCAAAAACCUUCACUACUCUUGACCCUGCGUCCCUAGCUUGGCUGACAGAAGAGCCAGGGCCAGCAGAGGUCACAAGCACUUCCCAAAGCCCUCGCUCUCCAGAUUCCAGUCAGAGUUCUAUGGCCCAGGAGGAAGAGGAGGAAGAGCAAGGAAGAACUAGGAAACGGAAACAGAGUGGUCAGUGCCCAGCCCGGGCUGGGAAGCAACGCAUGAAGGAGAAGGAGCAGGAGAAUGAGCGGAAAGUGGCACAGCUAGCUGAAGAGAACGAGCGGCUCAAGCAGGAAAUUGAGCACCUGACCAGGGAGGUGGAGACCACACGGCGGGCUCUGAUAGACCGCAUGGUCAGCCUGCACCAAGCAUGAACAGUGGGCAUCACCUCCUGUCUUGUCUCUCCGGGAGUGUACCCAGCACCAUCGAGCCAGCGCCAAGCAUGUGACCCUGCACUGCGCAUGCUGAGGAGGGGACUGAGGGUAGACCAGGAGAGGGCUCGGCUUGAGCAUACAGGGUACAUUGUUUAUUACUGUCCAUGUCCAGUAAAGUGACUGUGUCAACA